CAAUGCUGCUCGCCCGCUCUGACACAUCUCUCUUCUCAGUCGAGGAUUCUAGAAACUCAAAGUCAUACUACUUGGAUAUACUCAGCCAGUUGGAUGCCGAGCUGAGAGCUUGGCAAGCGUCAUUGCCAGACAAUGGCUUCAAGCCAGCAGGAUCCGUUAGUCCUCAACCUAUUUCGGGAUCUUUGGCCCGAACCGUUACGCUGCUUGCGCAUGAUACAUAAUAUAUAUUAUAAACUCCUCUUUAC